AUGGCGAGCUGUCUACAAAUUCCGGUUUUUGAGGUGAUAGUCUUUCAGGUGUACAUUGGCACUGAGGUCACCCCCCUCCAUGAAGAGGAGGAGGUGAACCUAGCCAGCGGUUGCCUAGUGACGUUUAUGCGUUCUGAUAGAUUGCCGUGCCACGCCAAUGAUUUGCAGUAUCGUCUGCAAUUUCCAGACACCUGGCACCAUGAGCCUCGUUUUCCCAUCGGGCCCGCAAUCCGCAGCUCCUUGCUGCUUCUGCAUUCCAGCGGCAGAUACUUGUACCGACCUCAAGCCACUCACGACCCGGGUGACGUUUCUGCUGCACGCUUCGUUGGUGUUGACAGGGCUGCUGUGGACUUCCAUACACCCGGAGAUGGAGGUCUUGAGCGUGUCAUGUACCGCGGCAUCCGCGUUCGGGGAGUGCUCGCUCUUGCUGACCAUCUCUUUUCACCGCAAUUCGUGGUUUUCCUCGACCUGCGCCAAGUUGCCGAAGGAGUGCAAUUCGUGGUGUUGGACGUGCCUUUCAUCCUGCUCGUGCACCUCGUUGAAAACGCAACCACGCUCACUUUCAGCUUCCAGUAUGCCUGCAACUCUGAGUCUUCCGAGACUCCCUUCGACCCCACCACCGACAGCAACCAGGACGCCGAUGACGACAGUGGUGAUGACUCUAGCGCCGACGCUCACCUGGAAGUGCGUCCGGACCAUCCUCAGACCACUCUUACCAAGGCGGUGUUGUCGGCUUUGGCUUGGCUCACGUGUGCCCAUGCCGCUCGGCUGCGCGGAACUUGGCAGCCCCACACCAUUGAUGCUUUGUCUUUCCCAGCUUUUCAAGCUGCCCUCCAUGCCAAGCUCCUCUCCGAGCCGGCUUCCGACAACAGGGCCUCCAGGGAGCGUCUCCAUGCCCUCCGCAGUGCUACUGAGCAACUCGGUGGCGAGUGGAGAUAUUUCACCCCCACCACCAGACUCCACGCGGGUCUGUCCGAGUACCAGGAUCCCUCAUCGGAUGAGGACCAAGAGGCACAACUUCGCCGCGCCUCUUUUGUCAUCUGUGUACCUGGGUACGCGCCUGAGUUCCUUGUGCUCGAGGUGACUUUCCCCACAACCCAUGCUGAGCUCACACCAAUUCUCCGAAGAGGGAGGCAAGCUGACCGGGACCAGCGUUUCCCGCACCUCGUCCCGGCUUCUCCGCAGCCCAUCGAUGGCACGGGCCUGUUUCUAGCUGCACCACACUGGCACCAUGAUGUGCGAGUCGUGUGCAUUGAUGCUACCCGGCUUGAUGGUAGGCUGUAUGCGACAGUUGCCCCUGCAUAUGCGGACCGAGAUACACUUAUUGACCUAGCAGGUGCACAUGGUUUCGACGUUGCUGUCUAUGCAGGACUUGGUCAAGAACCUGUCCCCGAGGGGACUCUUAUCCAUCUCACUGCAGGAACCACCAUCACUGUGCUUGCCGUCAAUGCGGCGCCGCCCAUGCUGUGGGAUCUCGGCCAGUGGCUUCUUGAUGCGAGCCAGUGGAGCUCCCGCCCCCUCCUGGCCUACCCAGAGCCAUCGGACGCAUAUUGCCUGGUCAGGGAAGCCCACCAUCAGUUGUUUCGUGCCGACCCCAGCCGCCCAACACUUUACCGGCGUCGUCUGGCUGCUGCUGUUGAUGCGCCCGAAGACCGCAUUCUUGUUACGCCGGCUGCCCCUCGUGUUACCGACAUUGACAUCGCAGGCACCCCUUGCAGGACGGCUGUCGCCGUCUCCGUGCGCUCCCAGGACCACGUUGCCGGGCACCGCUCUGAUGUCCUUGUUGAUGGCAGACCUGUCCUUGAAGGUUGGUUUCUGUGGCCUGUUCACUCCGGGCGUCUUUUUACGCCCGACCUGCUGGCCCAUUUCCGCCAUCAAGUCCCUCUUGGCUACACUGUGCACAUUCAACAUGAGCCUCAGCUCGGUGUCACCAUGCCAGUACACGAGGGCAUGGUCAUCGUUGUCGAUUUUGCCCCUGCCGUCCAGGCUGCGCCAAUCACAGCCACCAACGAUGCUGCUGCAGGCCAGGCUGUCGCUAGCCAGCGACGUGUGCAUUUUGCCCCCGACUCCCUGCCUUCUGCUCCCGAUGCCCCUCCGGCAGGCGGUCUACCCAGCACAAGUAGCCGCAAUGACUUGGUGCCAGAUGUCUCCCCCAGCGCCUUUCGAGCAGCUUUUCUUGUUUUUGCGCCGAGCUACCUCCCCGAAUACAUUGAGCUCAAUUUGCAUGCUCCCGCGACACUACAAGAUGCUCUCGACGAGGCUCAGGCGAAGAGGCUGCCUGCUUACAGGGACCGUUUCCCCCAGCUUCUGGCCGUGAACCCACAACCUGAUAUGGCUUACGGCACCCUGCUUGCUGCUCCGGCCUGGCCACUAUCUGAAGCCUUGGUCUAUUUCGAUCUUCGUGGGGUCGAUGAUAGAUACUUUGCUUUAAAUGUGCCGGUUAGGAUGACGUUUGGAUCUCUCCUCACCGUAGCGGAUUUGCCUGCUACUUCGGAUGUACUCAUUUACAUCCGCGACAUUCCUUGGCCACUGGGUCAGGAUUUUACCAUCGAGCUUACCUCCGGAGAUUUGAUCCUUUUUGCACGCCCUGACCAUGCAAUUGCGGUUCAUGCCAGUCUCCCCGACAUGCUGCAACAACCUGUCGGUUGGACACCCGAGCCUGACAUCCCAGGUGAGUUCGGAGACCGCAUCUGGCUUGUGACUGACCAUGAGCCUGUUCUUUACGAAGUCAACCGUAACAGAUUGCAGGCCUUCAGGCAGGACAUCGCUGCAGCCCUCGACAUCUCCAGCAACACCUUGCGCCUACAGCCGGUCUGGCCCAGCAUCCUCACCUUUGCUGCACACGGCUUGCUUGUACGCUCGGUUUUGAUAGCCGUCGAUCCACCACCCAUUCCCAAUGACGGAACGGAAAGCUGGAUUGUGUGCCUACUCGAUCUGCGACCAAUCCUGCUGGGACUCGUUGCUGCCUACGCCCCAGAUGGCAAGUACGAUAUCUCAGGCCUGUGUCGUAGGCUCCAAGGCUUUUGCCCGAGAGGUUUUGAGGUCUCUGUCUCAGGCGGCCAUUCAAGAGCCAAUGGCAGCCCCGACACCCGCACUGUUUUUGCAGGAGAGGUUCUCCAGGUCAGUUUCGUUGCUGCUGGAUCAGUAGAUCCGGCCGAUGCCAGAGGUGAUGCUCCUCCUUCCCCUAACGGCCCCAACACCCACGAUGCAGGCCCAGCUUCUUCCUCACAUCCAGACACUCGCCUUGGUGGGUCAGGUGCCGCACCCAGAGAUGCUGAGGAGCCUCGGGCAACGUCUUCUCCCCCUCGUCCAGCAGGAGGGCAGGCACGCAGGCUAGUGGCAUCGCAUUGCGUCGCCGAGCCAGAUGUACCAUGCAACACCUGCAGUGUUACUACCUCUGUUGGGAUCGUGCAGCUCAAGUGGCGACCCGGGACUUUCCACAACGAUACCCUCCCUCCGGGUACCCGGGACCUCACCCCUGUGCUCCCCUUUCCCUCUGUCCCUCAAGGGUCCUCGAAGGACCCGUUCGACUACAAACGGCCCCCCCAUGCCUCCACCUCUGUGCCCAAGUGCUUUCGGCUGUUGCUCCUUGCUGCCAGCCUAUGUGUGCAGCCCGGUGCUACGGUUCAGCUCCCCGCACAAUCCCACGCUCUGCCAGUACCGCAGGGCACUCCAGUAUGGACCCCUGCUGCGCCACAGGAAACCGGCAAGCCCCCUUUGGCCUUUCAGGGACAUGCCGAGGAGGAUGGGCGCACCAGGCCUCCUUUCCGACCGAUCCCCACUCCCUGCCGGGUCGAUAAGGACAGUCUCCCCCCACUUCUGCCCGGUGCCCCAUGCUGUAGAGCGACAGGGCCUUCAGCUCCACUUGCCCUCUGUGACCACUCCGCAGUGCAGCCGGCAACCCAUGAUGGCUCACAACAAGACGACGACCCAGGAGAUCUUGUUACUCUCUUGUGGGAGUCAGUGCAGGACCCAGAGUGUCAAGCUUUCAUGCUUGCGAGCACUCUCCUCGAUACCUGCCUUGACCACUUCGGUGAAUUGGGCUUUCCGCCACCCAAGCUGUGCCUAGUGCUUGACGCUCAGAUCCCUGCGCCAACACCCGGUCUAGCUCAGCCUAGUUGCUCCUUCUGGUCACAACUCGACGUGCCACUUGCUUGUUUCCCCUGGGUGCCUGCCGCCCUACCGGGCCUGUCGAGUUUGUCUCUCCACGAGCACCUCACAAUCGGCCCUUACCAUGCACCUUGCACCGUCCAGCACAUCCGGGACUUUCUUCUGCCAAACUGCACUCUAGGCACAGGUUGGGACAUUGUGUUAGCCAUUCAACAGAAGGACCUUCAGAAGCAGCGUGCACUCGAUCUCUGUCCUCGUGACUUUGAAUCGAGCGAUCUCCACUGCUUUACUGACGGCUCGUACUCUGCUGCCACCCCACCCUGGGCCUUGAUCGACGAUCGGCCUUCUGCAUAUGUCGCUGAGUGCUAUGCUCUAGUCGCUGCUGCCUGGCUCAGCCUUACCUGCUUUUCUCAGGUUCCCACUGUCCUGAGGUCUGACUGCACCUCCGCCAUCGGGGUCUUUCAGGGGCGUUUUGUUGGAGCACCAACCGGCGUUGCUGCAGUUCUACGCAGCCUCGGCCUCUUCGGAGCAGAAUUCUCGCCACACCCACCACGAGCUGUGCACGUUGCCGGACACCAGGGCUGCCUCGGCAACGAGCUCGCCGACUGCCUGGCCCGCUCGGCAGCUCUCGGCCGCACGUGUGGGCACUUGUCAUGGUCCCACGACCUCACCAAACCAUGGUGGUUCCAAAGUGGUUCUGCUCUUAGUUGGGCCGCUAUUGCUGUCGCGAGCCUCUCCGCACGAGGCGUUUACCCGGGGCCCGCCUCCGAGGCAAUGCCGCCAUGCGACGAUUUUCUCGGUCUUGAGCCGAUCCAACUCGUUGCGCCCUUCCUCCCCGAUGAAGCUCUCUCCACCGGCCAAGUCAAGCAGCACACAUGGGGGCAAUUGUCCAUGCGUGUAUGCUCUUUCAAUGUGCUCUCCCUCAACAGCGCUACACUUGAGGGUACCGCGGCCGAUGGGCUUGCGUUUCAGCCGGCCCGCCCAACACUCCUUGCUGAGAGCCUCAAGGCCGCCGGGGUACACAUUGCGCUCCUUCAAGAAGCGAGAACCCAGGAGGGCAUGCUUCGCACCCAUGGGCACCUGCGUUACGCCUCUGGGAGCCUCAAUGGUACACUCGGUGUCGAAGUGUGGCUCCUUGAAAACCAUCCGCUUUUCUGUGGGCCCAGAGGACAGGCUAAACUCCACCUCAGCUCCCAGGCGUGUCUGGUUCUACACCGCGACCCGCGCCGAAUCCUGCUCCUUUUUCGUCAAGACGGCUUCAGUCUAUUGGUUGCGUCAGUUCACGCGCCGCACCGCGCUGUGGAGCAAGGCGUGAUUGCUGCAUGGUGGGCGGAAACCCACAGGCUGUGCAAUGUGCAUGCGCACUCUGCCCUCUUGCUGCUCGGGGGGGACAUGAACGCCUCGCUCGGUUCUGUGACCUGUGCCGCUGUCGGCAAUCACGAUCCGAUCCGGCUUUGGGUACCGAGCACCUUCCCCUUUUGUCAACAUGGACCCUCUGGUACGUAUGUGCAAAAGCGCAACGGGGCCAUGAGCAGAAUUGAUUUCAUUGCGUGCCCCUCUGAGUGGCGUUCUGGCCAAAUCAGCACUUGGACCGAUGAGACUUUGCAUACCGGACAGGCGUACAUUGACCACCUCGCGACCUGCGCGCAUUUUGACCUUACUGUCUGUCUUGCUGGUCGCCUGAAGAAAGCGCAAAAGCGCAGGUUUGAUGGCCGCGCCAUCCUUGCGCCAGCUGGCCAGGCACACGUCGAGCGCAUCCUGAGGGACGCGCCCCGCAUACCCUGGGCCGCCUCACCACACGCCCAUGCCGCCACUCUUGUCCAGUACCUGCAGACCGAGCUCGCCUCAGCCUUCCCCCCGCAGAAAGGGCGGCGUUUUCGCCCGUACCUAAGCGACAAUACGUGGGCGUUACACCGUGAGGUAGCUCGUCUCCGUAAACACUGUGUCAGCAUCAAGCGCGCCCUCGCCUUCCAUCUUCAAGCUGCUGUCUUUCAGGCUUGGAAGCAGGGGGAUGGCAGUCCUCUGCUGCAUAUGCUCAACUCGGCCUGGACGCAGGAAGCGCUCUUUGCGGGGGCGGCUCAAAGUCACUUCCUCAGCGUCUCCUCACAACGGCUCAAGGCUGCCUGCAAACAAGACAGAGCUGCCCAUUUCAGCUCACUCGCCGACGAUGUGCAGCAGGAUCGUCCGCACGCCAGCAAAGCCGUCCAGCGGUUAAUGGGUUUGCGGCGCAAGAAACCUUUCAGACCAGAGGUUCUCCCUGCUCUGUGCAUAGCUGAUGGCAAUCGUUGCAGGACGCCAGAGGAAGUCACUUCCCGCUGGAGAGAGCAUUUUCGUGAGCAGGAAGACGGCUAUGACAUCUCCCCCGCGAGUCUGGCCAACCUAGGCGCUAUGUCGGGCCCCACCAUCGCGCCAGUCUCUCUCGGUGAGCUACCUUCUCCGGACAUCCUCCUGCAGGUCAUUGCCUCUUCUCAGAAAGGCAAGGCCCCUGGCCCUGAUGGGCUGCCAGCUGAGGUAGGACAUGCUUCACCGCAAGGUCUGGUAAAGCUGUUAAUGCCACUCCUGCUUAAGCUUGGGCUCACUUGUGUUGAACCCAUUGGGUUCAAAGGCGGCACACUCACCAAGCUGUACAAGGGCCGGGGAGACACUGCCCAUUGCGCCAGCUACAGGGCCAUCAUGCUCCUACCCACGUUGGCUAAGUUCUUGCACAAAGCUUUCAGACCUGGCCUUUAUGAUGUCUUCCAGAGCAACGCCACACCAGCCCAACUUGGUGGACUCAAGAACACUUCGGUUGUUCUGGGAUCGCACAUUACCCGUGCCUUCUGCAGAUUCUGUGCUGCCGAGGGCCUCACAAGUGUUCUACUCUUUGCCGAUGUGGCGUCAGCCUAUUACACAGCUGUACGUGCCCUCACAGCCAGAAAAGGGCAGGAUGAGGAAACCACCGAUGCUGUGUACCGCCCUGACAAAGAACAUCUUGCUGCCGAGCUUUCAAAACCCUCGGCCAUGGCCCAGGCCGAUGCCUCUCCGUGGAUCGAGUCCUUGACUGCUGAGCUUAACAGCAGCACUUGGAUGUGUCUAGCAGGAGACGUGCAGCCCGUUGUAACACGGCAAGGCUCACGCCCCGGUUCGAGCUUUGCCGAUUUGUUUUACGGCGUUACCGUCCCUCGUAUGCUUCAGUGGAGGGACUCAGCCCGCUCUGGGAGUGAAGCAUCGCUCCCAGCGGUCGAGCAUGCCCCUACUGUUCGCUGGGACGGACGUUUCGAUUUCUCCGAGCCCAGUCGGGACCCGGCGACAUGGACUUCUGCUGCGACGCUCGACGAUGUCAUUUGGGCCGACGAUUUGGCCAAAUGCAUUGUCGUGCAUGAGGCCCAAUGUGUGGCAGCUGCUACUGCCUUUGAGUGCGGGAUCCUGGCAGAUGCUUUCUAUGCCCAUGGCUAUGAACUCAGUUUCGGUCCCACCAAGACAGCUGCCAUUGUUGUUCCCCGUGGAACCGGAUCGAGGAAAGUCAGGAAGGCUCUGUUUUCAGCUAAGCCUGCCCUCCCCAUCCUCCGUGAGGAGCUAGGUGCGGCAUCCCUGCCACUUGUCACAGCAUACCGGCAUCUUGGCGUCAAGAUCUCUUCCAGUCCCUCCCUCAUGGUCGAGCUUCGACAUCGCGCUUCUCACGCUUGGGCUGCCUUCCAGCAAGGCCGAACCAAGGUGUUCCGCACGGGACGAAUUUCUGUUCACAAGCGCGGAGCACUUCUGUCCACGCAUGUCAUGACCAAGCUCCUUUUCGCCGCCGGCGCCUGGCCUGCCCUCAGCAAGGGCGAACAUGCCUUUUUCUUUCGCACUGUGCUCUCCCUGUACCGCCAGACUCUUGCUAUCCCUCAUGAUGGCGACCAGCACCUCACGCAUGCGACUAUAUGUGCGCUUGUAGGGCAGCCCCCUCCUGAGAUCCUGCUGCUCACCGAGCGUGCGCGGUACCUCCUCCAACUGCUCAACGCAGCUCCUGUGCAGCUGUGGGCUCUAGUCCGGCGUGAUGCGGACUAUGUGUUGCACCUCCGAGGCGCGCUCUUUUGGGUGUACCAUUGGGUCCAGGAUACCUCUGAUCUCGGUCAUCCCGACACCCAUUGGCCUGCAUGGGACCACACCAUGCGCUUCCGCCCACAUGUCUUCAAGGCACUCAUCAAGCGUGCACGGGGUCUUGAAAUCGUGCGCACAGCGUGCUUUGCAGCCUUCCAGGCCGUUCGCCGCGCCCUUGGCCUGAUCACUGACAGCGACCCUCCGCCCACACCGCAUGGCGUACGUUACCAGGAGGCGUGCCUCCAGUGCAAAAUUGCCUUCCCCAGCCGCACCGCUUGGGCUUGUCAUGCUUCCCGGUUACAUGGUUACAGGGCAUCCUCCACCGUCCUCACCUCGGGAUGUGAUCGCCCGCUCUGUCAAUCAUGCGGGCGACUGUACGCCAAUUUCGGCCGUCUCAAGAGACACCUUGCUUCUUCUGCAGCGUGUCGCACCCGAUGGGGAGCCUUCAUACCUUCUGACCACGCUCCGCAGGAGGCCCACCCUGAAGCGCCACCCACCUGCCUGCCUGGGCACAGAGGGGCGUUCCUUGCCGACUUAGACCCCUCCAAAGUCCACCCUGGCCUCUUGCGGGAGCUGCAAGGGCUCACUUCUCUCCUUUCCGAAGACGUGUGGGACGUCGUUCAAGGGUAUGUCGAGCCCCUCUCCAUGCUCAAGGACACACUAGAAGAAUGGUCUCGACAGCCAGGGCGCGAUCAGGACCCUCUCGCUGCUGCUGCCGUCGCGAGUGAUGUCGGCCUCCUUCUUGACCCUGAACUUUGGUGUGAAGACUUCCGGGCUCCCAAGCAGCCUUCGAUGCCGGCAGUUGCCUGUCCACCUUUUGACACGUUCAAUCCAGGACGCCUGCCCUUCGUGCUCUCCGGGGAUGAGCACGUUGUUACCAUCGAAGACCCUCCACUUCGGGCCUGGGUUUAUCCCUUCAGAGCCAGCGUUCCCCUCUCUGCUGCCCGUCGGCAUUUGGCUUGGGCCGAGGCAGCUUGUGAUGUCAUUGGACUUACCCUGCAGAUCUCCCGUGCCAGUCCCGUCCGAGUUCGGCUGUCUCCCGCAGCCUCCGCCUGUUUGAGUCCGAUCCCGGGAUGGCUUGAGAGCAGCGGUUUUAGGGUCGAGUCAGGAUGCAUCCGCUCCCCUCGCGGUUGA